UGGCGCCUUUCGCUCCGUGGCGGAUGUGGCGCGUUAACAAGUGCACGCACUUCUUCUAGAAGAAACUACACUACAACCCCUCGGCGACACAGUAAGGCCUGGCAACGCGUCUCCGGCAACAACAACAACAACAAAUAUGAAGAACAAAAACCGCGAGCAAAGCCUGAGCGACUCCCGGGAGCUGGACGGCUCCUACGACCCGCUGACGGGCAAUCCUUCCACCAUCCAAAGCAAAAAAACCAUAAAGCAGCGAUUCCUCAAGCUGUUGCCGUGCUGCACGCCCUCGCCGGCCCCCUCACUCAGUCAAAGCAACGAAGAAGAUGACUUCGAGCUCUCCACUGUGUGCCAUCGGCCCGAAAGCAUGGACAAGCUGCAGGAGCAGACCAAGUUCACCAAGAAGGAGCUGCAGGUUCUCUACAGAGGCUUCAAAAACGAGUGUCCGAGCGGCGUGGUGAACGAGGACAACUUUAAGAACAUCUACUCCCAGUUCUUCCCUCAGGGAGACUCCAGUAUGUACGCGCACUUCCUGUUUGAAGCCUUCGACUCCGACAAGAACGGCUCAGUUAGUUUCGAGGACUUUGUAUUUGGCCUGUCAAUCAUCCUGAGGGGGAGCGUUAAUGACCGGUUAAACUGGGCCUUCAACCUCUACGACCUGAACAAAGAUGGCUGCAUCACCAAAGAGGAGAUGCUGGACAUCAUGAAGUCUAUCUAUGACAUGAUGGGGAAGUACACGUACCCCACGAUGCAGGACGAUGCACCGAGAGAGCAUGUGGAGAGCUUCUUCCAGAAAAUGGACAGAAAUAAAGAUGGUGUGGUUACUAUAGAGGAGUUCAUUGAGUCGUGUAAAAAGGAUGAGAACAUCAUGCAGUCCAUGCAGUUGUUUGACAACGUCAUCUAAGGAAGAGGAGGACCAGGGAAGGUGCCGGUCCCGAGGACUGGGUGGGGGGUGGAAAGACACAGUUAGUGAGUGUGUGUUUGUGUGUGCGUGUGGACCUUCUCUGGAUUCAAAGCGAGAGGGAAGCAACAGCCCCGCCCCCGUGAAGCAUCAGUGGAAGACUUCAGUGUGUGACAGAACACUGGGCAGAAGGCAAGCAGCCACCUCUUGUUUUCUUCCUCUUCCUGAUGGACCUCUACUCUAGAUCCAUAUGAUCCCGAUGCAGCCGGAAGGACGUUUCUGAUGAACAAGUGGGAGGCUCAAACACGUUUUCGGAUGGGAACUGAUUUCAGUGUCGCAUGAUGAUGUCACUUAUAUCGUUAUUUAGCGAGGCGCUCCAAAGUCUGCUUGUCCGUCUGAUGUUUCCUGGCCAUCCACAGGUGCCUCGCCCUUAGAGCGCGUGCAUGUGCAACAGGAAUGACCUUCGUCAUGCAUACGGAAGAUUAUCCCCUCCCCUUCUGGUAGGAUCAUUGCCAACAAGUCCAAGUGGUUCUAGACUUUAAAAUAACCCGGAGUAGACUGCAGGCCGUGUUUGUCCACUUGUUGUCAUCCCCAAAGUCAUGUCGCUAUAGCAGGUUCUUCCACUUUUAGGAAAAAAAAAAAAAAAGAAGAAGUAAAAA